AAACAAAAAAAUUGUUCAACCCAACUGGUCAAAAGUAAACGCAGAGACUGAGAGACAACCUCUAAGUCUUUCAACUUAGGAUAGGGUAUCAGAUCAGCAAUGGCUACUUCUUCAUCCUUAUGUCUCCUAAUUCUCAUUACAAACCUAUCUCUCUUUCUCAGCUCCACCACUAACACCGCCACGGCAACCGACUACGACCUUUGUUCGCCAUUCUUAUGUGGCAACAUAACUUUUCUCUUCCCUUUCACCUCUUCUGACACUUUCGGCUCAAACCCCAAAGACUGUGGUCUUCCCGGUUAUCAAAUCGCCUGUGACAAAAGCGAACCGUCGUCUCCUUCCGCCAGUAUAUUUUUUUCCGGUAGACCUUACAGUGUGAAAAAUCUUUAUACAGAAGAAAGACUUAUUACUAUUGUUGAUAGCACACUUAUUAACGAUUUAAAGACGAACUCAUGCAUUUCUUUACGUAAUCUUCCUAGAGUGUCUAAUACCAGUGAUUAUUCUCUUAAACUUCCUCCUUGGAAUAUUAGUCUAUCUUUAUUUAAGUGUCCUGUUGAGAUCACACUUUCUGAUGAGUUUCUUGAUGAGGUGGUGAGCAACUUUACUUGCAGUGAAGGGAAUAAUAAGGUUUACGUGUCGAGUGGAAGUGGGUUUAACUCGCCGAGUCGAACCAGUCCUGUUUUAACUCCGAAUAGGUGUGAGUUAAUCAGGGUUCCUGUGUCAAGUGCGAGUUAUGAGUUCUUAAGUGGAAAUAAGCUGGGGAUUACACUGGUUGAUGUGUUGGCUGAUGGGUUUCCUUUGAUGUGGCCCUCUUUUGAAGCGUGUGAUAGCUGCAAUUUGACAGGUGGACGGUGUGGAUUUGAUGGGGGCUUAAGAAGAAUAGUUUGCAUCCAAGAAGAGAAAAAAUUGAAGCAACGGAAAAAGUGGAAGCUCUUCGUGGGAGUUGCAGCUGGAUUAUCCGUUAUGUUGAUUAUUGUUCUAGCAUUUAGAAAGCGAAUUGCAGCAACAUUGAAGAAAACAGAUAAAAAUCAAAAUGCAGGACAAGAAAUAAAUGCUGAAAGUUUUAUUAGAACGUAUAGAUCAGAGUUGCUGACAAAUUACACUUACAGUGAUAUCAAGAAUAUGACAAACGGUUUCAAAGAAAAAUUAGGUGGAGGAGGGUUUGGCAAUGUUUAUAAAGGAAAACUACCAGAUGGUCGCCUUGUUGCUGUAAAAUUGCUAGAGAAGUCCUCCAAAAAUGGCGAUGGCCAAGACUUUGUUACUGAAGUUGCUACAAUUGGUAGGAUACAUCAUAUUAAUGUCAUAAAAUUACUUGGUUUCAGCUGCAGUGGUCCAAGACAAGCUCUUAUAUAUGAAUACAUGCCCAACGGAUCGCUAGGGGACUUAUUAUCCAACAAAGAGUUCUGUGUUUCAUUAGGGUUAGCAAGAAUGCUUGAAAUUGCGAUAGGAAUUGCUCAUGGAAUAGAGUAUUUACACAAUGGUUGCGAGUCUCGGAUUUUGCAUCUUGAUAUAAAGCCUCAAAAUGUUUUGCUAGAUCAUCAUUUGAAUCCUAAAAUUUCUGAUUUUGGAUUGGCAAAAGUGUUUUCAAGAAGUCAAAGUGUUGUACAAAUGACAACCGUGAAAGGUACUAUUGGUUAUAUUGCUCCAGAAAUUUUCAUGAGAAAUUUUGGUAACGUUUCUCAUAAGUCCGAUGUCUAUAGCUUCGGUAUGUUGCUAUUAGAGAUGAUCGGAGGGAGAAUUAAUGUUAACCAUGUAGAACCAAAUAUAAGCACUUCAAGCGAAGUAUACUUUCCAAAUAACAUUUAUAAACUCAUUGAAGAGAAAAUUUUGGACGGUUUUGAAAUCAUACCUGAACAAGAGGAUGCCAAUAUAGAAAAGAAGAUAAUUUUAGUAAGUUUAUGGUGCAUUCAAACAAAUCCUAGAGAUCGUCCCUCAAUGACUAGGGUUUUAGAAAUGCUAAUUAGGGAUGUAGAUGCCAUUGAAAUGCCUCCAAACCCUUCUUUGUUUUCUCUUCCUCGUGUUGAAUAUGAGAUUGACAUUGCUUCUAUUGAUGAAAGAAAUAUUGAAUAAUUUAUUUGUGUAUUA